AAUUCAUUCAACUAUAUAACAACACCACUAUUGUCGCUAAAAUUUUAGAACCCAUCUUAAUUUUUACGACUAUACUUAUUCUUCGCUUAAUUGUCUAAAUGUCGCCACCAAUAGCUGCGUGCCAGCACACACGACUGCAUCUCGACGUCAGUGCAAACACAAAACAAUGCGGCUUCAAGCGACCAUCCAAACAGCAGCGUAUUGCUGCAGCACGCCUACAUGAUACACCUACAGCAGAAAGUCUACUAACACCAAUUCAUCUUUUUGAUGAUCUAAACACAUUUCCUGCGCCAUUGGUACUUCCAGAUGACGAUCUUGAUAUUGAUCCUGAUUGGCCGCCUCAGAGUGUCAAGGAAUGGCAUGAUGAAGAAGAGCGCAAUCCUGUGACGCCGAAGAGAAAGACUAUUUAUCUUGUAUCACCGCCAUCGAUUUCGAAAGAAAUGGCCAAGAUGAAAGACUGGAUAUCGCCUCAGACGACAGUUGCGUCAACAGGCUCUCAGCAGCUAAAAGUGGCUGAUCUACAAAAGUACAUCAGCGCAUUUUAUCACGGUAUGACUGUCAAAAUCUUGAAUAAACCCUUCUCUUGGAGACAGUGGCAUGAAGAUGAUGCAAAGAAGAGCAAAAGCUAUGAUGGGAGGCUGCUCAGAUUGAACCAACACGCUCUCAUCGGUCUACAGACACCGCAAAACACAAUGGUGGGGAUCCAAUGCCGUCUAUCGCCCGAUGAGGUUGCCAUGCAGGUCAAUUUGGACAAUGUUCUUGAUGCACUGGCAGAAAAUGUUCCUUCUGAUGCAUAUGCGAUUAUGAUGCUGCUCGACAUCGACAUGUAUGAGGGUGACGACGACGUCUUUACCGGCGGCCGCGCCUACGGGGCCUCGCGUAUUGCUGUUGUUUCCUCUUUUAGGGAUAAUCCGAUGCAUUCUUAUUCCUCGCAGAGUCUUUUGCACAGAUGGCCUGUCUCCCAUUCUCAGCGAUACGUCCCAUCACUUUGCAGAGGAAUAGCCGCCGGCAAAACGCCACCUCAGCCGUCCUCGGGCGCAAUGAAAGGUGCUCUGGAUGCUGUGGUAGCCUUACCGCCGAAGGAGCCUACAGCAAAGGGUGCAUAUAUAGAGUGGCUUGGAAGAGUUGCCCAAACCAUGGCGCAUGAGCUGGGCCAUUGCUUUGGCCUGGACCACUGUGUCUACUAUGCCUGCGCCAUGCAGGGCUGUGCUUCCAGCGCAGAGGCACUGCGGCAGCCACCAUAUCUAUGCCCAGUGUGUCUUGAGAAAGUUGCUACCGCAAUUGGUGGUGUUUUAGUCAAAGGGUGGGAAAAUCAUCAAGUCCGACAGCGAUAUAUUCAGAACCGCUAUAGUGCUAUUAGAGAUAGUUGUCAGUUGUGGAAAGAGCAAACUGUAAACGCAUUUUGGGUCGGCCAGCGGGCGUGGUUAGACGAUAUUAUUUUGCCAUAAAUAAGAACGAGAAAUAUUAAACUAAGAUUGAAUUCAGUGUACAAUUUUCAAUAAAUGUUCCGUUCGCGGAGCUAUGCGUGGC